AUGUCUUACGAUCGAGUUCUCCCCAACCCUGUUGCUCUACGCUAUGAGUCUGCCCAAGUCACUCUGCCUAGCCCGAGCAAUUUACUCGAUCACAAAAUCAUGAACGAAGAAUUGUCCAAGUCUGCCAUGGCCAUGAGACACCCUGUCGACGGUGGUCCAGUCGGGUCUUCGGUCAGAUACUCUGAUCCUCGAUCAACGGGGGUACAUCACACACAUCAAUAUAUCUCCCUAAAUGGAUUCAAAGAGGCACACAGGAUGUCCUCAAAUGGCUCCGUCAAGCCUGUCGGACCCAUGAUCUCGACCAAGGAAUUGCCCUUGCGAGACAGAUCAGAUCGAUCAUCCUCCUCUUCAGCCAGCAGUACCAGUCCCAUCAAAUCACAGAAAGAGAGUGCCAUGUUUUGCCUCUGUCAACCGGAUCCGAAAAUUCCCCGGCCUCGUAAUGCUUUCAUUCUGUAUCGUCAGCAUUAUCAGGCCAUGGUGGUCGCUCAUAAUCCUGGCUUGGCCAAUCCUGAGAUCUCCAAGAUUAUUGGAGAACAGUGGCGGUCUCUUUCGGAGGAUGACAAGAGUAAAUGGAAGGCACUUGCAGAGGAGGAAAAAGCUCGGCAUCAGCAGCAAUACCCUGACUACCGCUACCAGCCUCGGCGGUAUGGUCGGGAUGGAAGCGCCCGGAAUUCGGCCUCGGGUAUUGGACACAACCCAUCUGGUUCAUCACACUGUAACAGAUGUGGUGGUCGAUUGAUGAAUGCACCCGCUUCCCCCAUGACCCCGUUCACACCCAGCAGUGGGCCUGGGUAUCGACCACCAUCAAACUUCUCAGUAUCAUCACCACACCCAAAUGCUAUGCCGCCAAGAAGCGUCCAAGGCCGCGAGAAGGACCCCAAUCCAGUACCAAAAUCGGCAAAGAUGGACCACGAUCCCCGUUCUCGCCAAAGACACUGGGAGGAACCCGGUGGUCGAUCUCCUGAUAAUAAACGCCGCCGAGUGUCCCACGGCUCAUUCAAGCCAGCUUUACAACCCUCCUACCGGGACCGCAGUCCUAGCAGUGGCAUUCCCAAGUCACCGCACCCGAUGACCCCUUGGAGUGCUCGCCCUGAUAUGCCGCCGCGCCAUCUCCCCAUUCUUCAACCGCAACGGCCAUAUCAAAGUGUCCCGGGACAACCACACCCGGACCCCAGUCUGAAGCUACCGCCACUUCAGACCACAACACCGGUGAUGACACCCAUGACACCGUAUCCACAAGAAGGAUCCAGUGUCGAAGCAACAGUCAUGACAAUUCCCUUCCUCAACAAGAUCAAAGUCCUCGCCAAAAUCUCCCCACCCCUCCUCCCCUCAUUCCGGGACGGCAUCCCACCAGCCCGCGGCCCCGUCAUCGCCGUGGACGGCCAAGACCCGGACCUCGUCCAAACAGCCGUCGAAUACUUGAACAACCUCCUAAAAAAGGAAACAAAGUACCACGUCCGGGUCUUCGACGGACCAGAAAUCAAAGCACCCCGCCUCACCUCCGCAGAAGCCGGGCAGAUGGGCGACGCCACAGUCGACUACCUCAACACGAUCUCCGCCUGGCACCGGAUCUCCGACGAAGUCGUCGGUUUCGUGAAAUCCACCUCAAGAGCCGGCUCCGUCGAUGCCCGCUCCAUAACAACAGACGAGGAAACCCCCGCCCCAAGCGUCUCCCCGCGCACCCUCAUCCCCAAAACCGCAAACAUGCACAUCCACUCCCCAGCCCAGUCAAGCGAGAACGGCUCUGAGGCCAGCGUCAUCACGGCAGGCAGCCAAUACGGCGUGCCGAUCGCGCUCGUCCCGCGCUACCAGCUCACCACGGCUGAUGCAUUCGCCUGCUCCACGCCCAUCGGCGACUCCUACGCGCCGCUCGAUCACUGGCAGUGGAUGGCGUCGCUGUGGCGUGCGUGCGUGGGUCCUGAUAUCACGGUUUACAUUCGUGAGUGCAGUAAGGAGGAGCUGGAUCGCAUGGGUGGGAAUCCUGUUGAGGUGCGGCUGCAGGAUGCGCGCACGGUUGUGCUGAGGAAGGUUGUUGGGCGGGAUUUGGAGGAGAAGGCGCUUAAGCGGAUGGGUUUUGAGAUUGAGGACUUUUUGACUCAGUAA